GAGGCAGAAAAAGAGCAGAGGGCUGACAGACAAACACAUUCUACUGUAGCCCUCCAGUUUGUCUUCCUCUGGUCCCGCCGCGAUCAACAGGAGGAAGAAGAAGGGGGAGGGGGUUUGGGAAGAGGCGGGCCGUUGAUGGAGCAGAGAGACGGAGCAGUCGGUUACUUUUAGUUUGUGGAGAUAUGAUGGAGGCCAGCAUUGUUUCUCAGGACCCAGGUGAUUCUCUGCUAGAGGUCGCGUCACACAGCCCCUGCCUACAUUUGGCGCAUAUUGCACGGAUGAAAACUGGUCAUACAUGAACAUACCGCCUUACAAGACCUGUGACGGGAGCCCUAGAAUCUGCAGCCAUCCCGUCUCCUUCAAUCCACCCACAGCCUCCAGGACGACCAUGUCGACCCAGACCCCCAACUAGCACGUCAAAGUCCUCCAUGCUUCCCUCUAGACCUCCUCUUCCUGCCUCCAGCGCUGCUAACCUCCCUUCUGCUUCCAUCCGUUCAAUGUCUCUGUCUUCUAACCCUCCUCCUCCAUCUCUUCCUCCUCCUCUUUCUCCCAUCAUAGUCACCCAGUUUCCUCAGCAGUCCUCUUCAGGUCCAGUGCCUUUUCUGUCUCCUCCACUUUCCUUACCACCUCCCUUAUCUCCCACAGACUCACCUACUCCGUGCUCCUCACAGUCUCCUCCCCCAGGCCCUGUUAUCCCCUUACCCUCCCCAGCUCCUCCAGUGCUCAGCUCUCUCGAUAAGCUGGUUGGGAGCGUUUCUAUUUGGCAGCUUGAAGGACUCACUCCAGAAAAGACAGCGGGAAUUCUGGAAAAAGAGGCUGCAGGGAUGUUCCUGGUUCACAGCACAGACGGACAGGCGACGGCGGUUUCUGUACGCCUUCCGGAGGAGCAGGGAGCGCCGCGCGUGCUCAGCCUGAUGCUCACACAGCACAGGGACUUCAUCCAUUUAGAGGGUUCUGCUCUGGUCUUUGAUGAUAUUUUUCAACUCAUCCUCUUCUACUGUUCCAGCAGGGACAUCUUGACCGUCUUGCUAAGAUUACCUCAGGCCGUUACCACGACGACUCAGAGAGAGGAGCUGCAAGUCAUCUCAGCCAUGGGUGCCGAUUUCUGGACGUCUGAGCUGAACCAAAAACUGAAGGAGAGGACAAACGCCCUUCAGCUGAUCACUUAUCUCCACGUGAGCCCAGUGACUGUGGAGGAGCGGUCAACCACCCAGCUAAACCUGCCCCGCACUCCCAAAAGAGAUUCUGCAACUGGCGAACAUGUCACCUCCUGUUUGCAGAAUGGACAAACCUCCCAGAGCGUCAGCGCUCAUGGCAACAAUUCAGCAAAAAGGUUCAAGCGACCCCCACCCCGACCCCCCAGCCUAGACUCGGGUGUGGGCCUUCUCUUCUCUUCUUCCUCUCUUCCUCAAAACUCCACGUAUGCAACUCACCAAACUGAGACAAAGGAAGGAGGAAGGGAGCAAGCAGGCAAGGUGAAGGAGAGGAGGUCAGUCCCACCUCCAUCAAGGCCCCCCGUUCCCCUGCAGGGCCGGUGUGCUCCCUGUCUGCCUCCUGCUCCUCUACCAGGUGUCUGCCCCAGAAAACAAACAGAUCAGGAUGAAGGAGAGAAGACAGGCAGAGAGGAAAACCAAAAUCCCGCCAUUGAAACCAAGAAAGAACAAAUAGAAGAGAAAGGAGAGGAAAAAACCGAAGGAGCAGGCCCUCCGACUGAAAACGCCACACAAGGAGCAAGGAGUCCAUGUGAGGAGGAGGAGCUGACCAAGGAAGAGCAAGAGGUAAAGAUGGAGGAAAAAGAAGUGAAACUGACGGAGGACAAGCAGCAGUCCAGCUCUCCAUGUCCACAGUUAUCAAAAAGGCCGAGUCGGCCAAUCCCUCCCCCAAGAACAAAAGCCAUUUCCACCGGUCCUGGGAUGAAAGGACAGCCUCCACAAGCUGCUCGCCGCUCGGACGUGUCGCUGUUCUCACCGCAGGGAGGGGCGGCUCUGGGAGCUGACCAGGACUCGUGUGACACCAGCAGCACCGAGGAGGAAGGAGAACCGAGCCAGGAACAGGGCCCAAACUGCAAGAACCUCACAGAGAGCUGCAGCCCCAAAACUGUCCUCAGGAGAACCCCCACUACCUUCAUGCUGCACAAAGCUCGUCACCUCUCUGCAGUGGUCAGUGGGCUGAUCAGUCAUGACCGCCGCCUCACCAAGCGCCUUGUAGAGCUGGCCAGAGACCCUCUGAGCUACUUUGGUAACCUAGUCAAAGAGCACAGAGCUUUCACUUUGGAGACCAUGAUGAAGCACAUGACCUCCACUGAGCUGCUACAGGAGAUCCGACUGAUGAUGACUCAGCUGAAGAAUUACCUUCUCCAAAGCUCAGAGCUGCAGGCCAUGCUGGAGCCUCAGCAGUGCACUCAGGACAAACUAGAGAGUAUUGUAGAAGCGGCUCUGUGCAAGAGUGUCCUGAAGCCGCUGCGUGAGCCCAUCUACAAAACUCUGGAGAAACUUCACACGGAUGCCGGCUGCACAAAGCAGCUAGCUAGCAACCAGUCUGCUAUUCUCGGCAGCACCACCACAGCUUUAGGAAUAACCACCUCGGUCCCUGAGGCCCCCGCUUUGGAGAAGAUCAGCAUUAAGCUGAACGAUCUUCAUCAGGAGUAUUCUCCUCAGAGGAAGAUCCAGUUACUGCUGAAAACCUGCAAAAUCAUCUAUGACUCCAUGUCUGUGAGCCAUCCAGGGCGGGCCCACGGUGCUGAUGACUUCCUGCCCGUCAUGAUGUACGUCCUUGCCAGGUCCAAUCUGUCUGCCCUACAGCUGGAUGUUGAAUACAUGAUGGAAUUGAUGGACCCAACAUUAACACUUGGAGAAGGCUCUUACUACCUGACCACGACCUACGGGGCUCUGGAGCACAUAAAGACAUUUGACCAGCAGAGGUCAGUAACACGGCAGCUGAGCAGGGAGGUCCAGGACUCCAUCCACCGCUGGGAGAGACGGCGCACCCUCAACCAGGAGCAAAGCGGCCAAGGAUCUGUCCGCGAUUUUCUGACCGUGUAUUGUCCUGCCUUUGGAACCAACCCCAAAACUAUGGGGAUCUUCCCCAGUAUGACCAUGCAGCAGCUCGCUGAGCAGUGUGCAGCACGCUACGAACAAGACUCCUACAUCCUUAGCGUGUACAUGGAUGGGGUUCGGCAGCCCAUUUCCCCCACAGACCUCGCUCUCAGUGUCAAGAAUGGCUGCCUGCCGGGCGCCUACUGUUUCCUCUUUCAUCCUGUCAAUCAACCCGGCGGCCAACGCUCCUGCCCAACUGACCCUCCCCCGGAUCCACCCGCAGGAAGCCGUCCCACAGCUAACCUCACAAGAAAUACGGAGCCAGAAGUAGAAGAGACUCUGAUUAACCUCUAACUGCUUGGCACCAUGGUGGCAGCACGUUAGGAAGGGAUGCUGCUGCUCCUUCACAAGGAAAACCAAAGAUAUAAAAGCUUCCAAUUUAGUUCUCCCUGGAACUGAUAACCCAUGUCAGAUUGGAAUCAGAAAGCAUAACAGACAGGGAUUAAAGCCUGCAAAGAGACAGAUAAUCUGAUCCCAUUUUACUUGAAAGAUCAGCAAGAUUUUAUCACAUAAAAGUGACGUGUAGCAUGCACAUUUAUUAUAUCUAUAUCAGUGUUUUUACUCCACAGUAAAAUAUUCUGGGGUUUUCCUUCCAGCAGGAGUAGAGGUACUUGAUAGUUCCAGACAGUAUUUUUAUCAAUGUUGUUGAUUUGUUUAACCUGAUUUUCAGAGGCACCAUUGUAUAGCUGCCAAAACACAACACAGCUUUGUUGGAUGUUUGUCCAACUUGUGUAAAUUCUCAACACGUUCUUUUUUUUUAAGUGAGUAAAAACAGAUUUUGUAAUCGUAAAAA